AGCAGCCGUUCUUUUGGGGGAGCGUUGCGUGACAUCCAAAAAAAAAACGGCUGCGAGGGAGACUAGUCCGUGAGGGACAGCAAUCCGAGAAUAUUUUUCUGUGGACAUAGGCGGUAAAAUAUUUUAAGAGACAAAUUUGCACCAUUCACUAACCGAAGACUUGUUGACCUCCGAAACUGCUCAAUGAUCAACAACGUUCGCCUUACGCGGCCACAGCACAUUUUCCCGCUACUCUCAACGCUAGCGUCCAAGCCUCGUUCGUAUCGUCUGAGAACGCCUGACCUUUUUUGUAUUCAACAUGGCGGAUCACUGGGUAGCAGAAGUUUUUCCUCCAAAAUUCCAGUUUGGAAGCGUAGAUGAGUUGCUGAAAAGCCAAGAAAAAGACGAAAAAAGUACAGCAAAGCUUAAAUAUCUCGAUGAAGUUUAUAGAAGAGUUUAUUUCGAGGAACAAAAGGCGAAAACAUCUACCGAUGAAGACAUGCAGGAUGAUGUUGAGCGACUGAAGAAGAUUCGACAAAUCGUUUCAAAACAGAAGAAACGACCGAGUAAACCGAAGUUUAAGGACCAAGAUGAGUGCAUCUGGAGUGAAAAUGAGCUGCAAACUUUGCGCAGAUUUCUACAGAAAGCUAAAAUGCAAAAUCUGAAGCUCGCCGCCAUGUUGGAAUCGGCACAAGAGGAGAUUCAUUCUUGGAAAAGAAAGUUUAAAGACGUCGCUGAAUCAGAGGGGGCUGUCAAAUGCAACUUAGGAGUAUUGAAAAAGAAAUAUGAGAGGUUAAAAGUUAACUACAGAGCACUUAAAGAAGAUCUGAGAAGAUAUCACGCUAACUUGAAAAUUUCUCGGGAGGAAUGUAAGCAACUAGAACUUGAAAGAGAUGAAACAGAGAAUUUGCUUAAACAAACGCAGGCAGAUUUGAAUCAAGAGAAGCUCAACAAGAUGCAUCUCCAAUCUAAGCUGGAUAGAACUGAAAAAGAGAAAGAGGAAAAUCUUAAAAGUCAGAAGGAUCUUAUAGAACAGCAGCAUUUGCUUGAAAUUAGAAAGUUACAGAAAGAAGUCAACAGGUUGAGUAAUGAAUUUGAAAAAGAAAAGUAUGAUAAUGAUUUGAAUAAGAGAGCUCUGGAGCACCUCAGGAGCCAUUUUGCCAGUUUGAUGGUUAAUCAGGAGAUUAUGAAUGGCAGUAAUAUGAAGGACAAUAUUCUGAGUUUGAUUGACAUUGAUUACCUACCAGAAUGACCAAAUUUCAUAAUUACUUUGAUAUUAGGUGGAGACCCUAAAAAUAGAAAACAUGGAACUCUGUAGACCUGAUUUUAUCAAUAUAGAAUGUUUUUAAUCUUUUACCUAUCACUAAUAAAACUCUCCUUUGUAAGUAGAGUGUAGAGCUCCUAGAAGAUAUUAUACUCUGGCAAAUUGCAACGGAGAAAGUGAGACAACCUUUCUGAGUUUGCAACAUUUGUUUUGACCUGUUAAUUUGCAUAUUAAUGUAAUAAUGUUGCCCAUAUUGGCUCCUUGCUUUUGAUAUUUGGCCACCAUGAUUUGUCAUGAUUUGUAUAUUUUUUUGAAAUUUGCAGUUUGCCAGUUUUGUAGAUUAAUCUUUUCUGGUUGGAUUUUGUUGGGAUUGGCUGAUUUUAGUCAAACCAUUCCCAGGUUGAUGCAUAACAACAAAGGGGUUUGGGGCUGUUACUUAUUGACAUACCACUGGGAAUGUACAUUUUGAUUAUAGCUGGUUUGCAUUUUCCUCUGACUUCUUAAAUGGGUGUGGACAA